CCCUCAUGCUACGACGAGCAACCGACGCCACGAGGUUCGUUCCUGGCGUACUCCCCACCAACCGCCUUCCCACCGCCCUCAAGCCCUCCGAAAUAGCCUCUGCCGUUAGACAAAACCUGUCCAUGUCUGUCAGCGCCACACUCAACGACCUCCAGUCGUCCCUAAACGGUCAAAUCGCUUCUAUUGACGCGGCAUUGAGGGGAAGGCUAGGACACCUCGCAGCUAGUCUCAAUGACAACGCGGCUUCAGCUGCAAACGCCGCUCUUCAAUUACAGAUAUCCGCGCUAAAAGCCAGCCUCGCUGCUCUGAACGGGAGCCUCGCGAACGUGAACAUUGUCCUACUUGCGAACGUGUCUACAGCGGCAGCGGCAGCGGCAGGCCUGGAUUCUCAAGUGUCAGCAAUCAAGGCCAACAUUCCCAGCAUCAGAUCCAGCGUUGACGCUUUGAACAAGGACCUGGCGGUUUUGACGGGGAUUUCAGCCGGGAUUCCCUCGAUUCGCGCGGCUGGAAAGCCUACAUCGCUGCAGCAGCGGCUGUCGCAGAGAAUAGCUGCUGUGACGCAGAGAGUCGCAGGGAUCAACGCAAACGUUUCGUCACUCGCCGGGAAGGUGAACGCGCUCCUGCUGCAGGUCACCCUUAACGGAGCCCUAAACGGAACCGUAACCGACGUGACAGCGGCAUUGAACGAAACGGUCACCGCGGCCCUCAGCAACCUUCUAAACAACAGCGCCCUCAACGGAGUGAUUAGUGGCGCUCUUAACGGGCUUUUGAGCGGCAGUAUUAGCAGCCUGGCGGAUGUUCUUCCCCAACAGGCAGGCAUGCUGCGCGGGGUGCUGCUAUCUUGCAGCGGACCGUUUUCUCUUCAGGCCGGCGCUGCCAACAUCGAGAUCCUCAAGAU